GUGGGCGGGGCCAGGAAGAAUGGCUUGGGAGAACCAGGCUGAAGUGACCAGAAAUCUCUCUAGUCCCUUUUGCACUCAGGGAGCCGCGUCGUCUGGUACCUGGUGAGGAAGACCCCGCUGUGUGUUCGGGGACCUGAAAACUUCCCGGAGCCGCAGCCUCCACAUCGGGCGGCCUGGGAAAGCCAGCAGCGCAGUGGCGGGAACCGCAGCCCGGCGGCCCUGGAACCUCCCAGGAUUUGUUGACAUUUAGUGCUGUGAAUGUGAACUUCUUGUAGGAGUGGAAAUGCCUAGACCCUGCUCACGGGACUUUUAGCUGAGAUCUCCUGUUAAAGAGCUGCAGCAGUUGGGAUUCUGAGGGUCUUAAAAUACAUCAGAAAAUUCAUGGAGGAGAGAGUCCUAAUGGAUGUUUGCAAUGUAGGUCUGUUAUCAUUCAGAGAUGUGGCUGUGGACCUCUCUCAGAAAGAAUGGGAAUGUCUAGACUGUGCUCAGAAGGCAUUGUACAUGGAUGUGAUGUUAGAGAAUUACAACAAUCUACUCUUUGUGGAGAACCAUCACAUAUGUGGUAAAUGUGAGAAGGUCUUACAUCAAGGCACAAAGCAUUUUAUUCAUGAUCAUGAAAAUAUGCAAGAGAUGUCGUAUAAAUGUAAUGAGCUUUGCAAGUACAGAUUUAGUAACCACAGAAAUGCCUCUGGUGAAACCUUAAACCUCAACAGACACAAAAAUGGAAAUGCUGGAGAAGAACCUUGCAAAUAUAAAGACUCUGUAAACUGUUUCAAUCUGUGUUACAUCAUUAGCCAAAAUCAAAGAACUCACAUAGGAAAGAAAAAGCACAAAAAUACCAAGUAUGAUAAAUAUUUUGAUUCUAAACAUAAACUUAAGCUAAAACAAACCAAUAGUGGAAGGAAAUCACACCAAUGCUGGAAAUGUGGAAAAUUAUUCAAGACUCACUCAUCUCUCAUUUGGCAUCAGAGAGCACAUACUGGAGAAAAAACCUAUAAAUGUACAAGAUGCAGUAAAUCCUUCCUGCAUUUUUUACAACUCAAAGUACAUUACAAAAUCCACUGUAGAGAAAAACUCCACAAAUGUUCAAAAUGUGGUAAGUGCUUUUGUCACACAUCAGACUUUGAAAGACAUUACAAGAUCCACAUUAAAGAGAAACCUUACAAAUGUGGUGAAUGUGACAAAUCCUUUCUGAGUGCCUCCUAUCUUAGAAUACAUCAGAGAAUUCAUACAGGAGAGACUUACAGAUGUAGUGAGUGUGACAAAUGCUUUACCACAAAAGACCGUCUUAGAAAUCAUCAGAGAAUCCACACGGGAGUGAAACCUUACAAAUGUGGUGAAUGUGACAAAUCCUUUUUCCAGAAAGUUCAUCUUAUGUCUCACCAGAGAACUCAUACAGGAGAGAAACCUUACAAAUGUAGUGAAUGUGACAAAUGCUUUACCACAAAAGAUCACCUUAGAAUUCACCAGAGAAUCCACACGGGAGAGAAGCCUUACAACUGUAGUGAGUGUGACAAAAGCUUUACAAGUGCCUCAAAUCUUAGAUCGCAUUCAAAAAGACACACAGAUGUGAAACCUUUCCGGUGUAAUGAAUGUGACAAAAGCUUUAAAAGUAGCUCAACUCUUAGAGUUCACCAGAGAAUACAUACAGGAGAGAAACCUUACAAAUGUAGUGAGUGUGACAAAUCCUUUACAGAGAAAGGGGCAUUUAGAAACCAUCAGAGAAUACACACAGGAGAGAAACCGUAAAAAUGUAAUGAAUGUGGCAGAUCCUUUACUGCGAAAGGGACGUUUAAAAAUCAUCAGAGAACACACACAGGAGAGAAGCCUUACAAAUGUAAUGAAUGUGACAAAUCCUUUGCCAAAAAAGUGGCAUUUAGCGUUCAUCAGAGAAGACAUACGGGAGAGAAGCCUUAUAAAUGUAGCAGAUGUGAAAAAUCUUUUGCUGGGAGAGGCAAUCUUAAAACUCAUCAGAGAAUCCACACUGGAGAGAAACCUUACAAAUGUAGUGAAUGUGACAAAUAUUUUAACACAAAAGACAGUCUUAGAGGUCAUCAGAGAACACACACAGGAGAGAAACCUUACAAGUGUAGUGAAUGUGACAAGUCCUUUACCUGGGACUCAUCUCUUAAAAUUCAUCAGAGAACACACACAGGAGAGAAACCUUACAAAUGCGGUGAAUGUGACAAGUCCUUUACCACCAAAGCCAGCCUUAGAACUCAUCAGAGACUACAUACAUUACAGAAACUUUAGAAUCGUGGCAAGUGUGAGAAAUCCUUUUUGGUUGGUACAACUCUUAGAAUAUGCUCUGGAAUAUUUGGUCACACCUUGAAACACAAGUGUUAAUACCAACCUUGGAUCAGGGGCAAGAACCCAGAACUAAUUGGCAAGAAUUAGCUAUAGAGAGUAUGAAGUGGCGUGGGAGACGGAUAGACGCACAGGAAAGAGUAGGGAGUGACUUGGGGCUUACAAUCUUCUGAAUAGAGAUGGUUGAAGAGACAUUCUCUUUUUGGGCCUCUGGCCAAAAAGGAAGUUAAUUGGUUGCUUCUUGGGCUUUCUGAAUUAGCAGGUUUUCACCCUAACAUCUGACUACCAAGUCUUUGUUGGUAAAUAGAAAAAUAGAGAUAUAAUUAAAAACUAUGCAUGGUAGCUAUGGCAGAGCCAAUGACAGUAGAGCCAAAAAUCCCACCAAGCCACAGCCUGAGCAACAGUGUUUAAUGCUGAUCCAUGACACUACACUCAGAUACAACUGUUAAACUUAUGGGAAAACAUUAACACAUCAAAGAAUAUAUACUAAAGAGAAACCUUAUGAAUGUAAUAAGUGAGAAAUCCUUUACUAUUUGCUCAUUCAUUAGAAAACAGAAUUCAUUCAUGAGAGGAACCAUUCAAGUUUAAUUAUCUUAGUUUGGGUUUUAUGGCUCUGAAGAGACACCAUAACCAUGAAAAUUCUUUUAUUUUUAUUUUUUAUUUGAUUUAUUUUUUUAGAGAAAACAAACUAUCUUUUCAUUUUACAUACCAAUCCCAGUUUCCUCUCCUUCCUCUCCUCCCAUUCCUCUACUUAUCUCUCCCAACCCAAUCUAUUCCUCAGAGAGGGUAAGGCUCAUUGUUAUGGGGGAAGGUUCAAGACUUUUCCUACUAUAUCUAGGCUGAGCAAAGUAUCUAUCCAAAGAGAAAGCCAAUACAAGCAGUAGGGAUAAAUCUUGGCAGUGGCACCCAAUCCCGCAAUCUGCCCCAGCCAUACAACUGUUAUUCAUAUUCAGAAGAACUAGUUUGGACCUAUACUGGUUCCUUUCUUGUUCAGUUGGAGUAGGUGAGCUCCCAUUAGCUCAGUUAACCUAUUUCAGUGGGUGUCCCCAUCAUGGUCUUGACCUCUUUGCUUAAAUUCUCACUCUUCCCAUUGAGUGGGACGUUAGGAGCUCAGCCCAAUACUCCACUGUGGGUCUCUGCUUCUGUUUCCAUCAGUUGCUAAAUGAAGCUUCUAUGGUAACAUUUAAGAUAUUCAUCAAUCUGAUGACAGGGCAAGGCCAGUUUGGGUACCCUCUUCUCUGAUGUUUAGGGUCUUAGCUGGGGUCAUCCUUGUGGAUUCCUGGGAAUUUUCUCUAGUGACAGGUUUCUUGCUAGUCCCAUAAUGGAUCCCUCAAUCAAAAUAACUCUUUCCUUGCUCUCAUCUCUGUCCCUCCUCCGUCUUGACUAUCACAUUCCCUCAAGUUCUUCUCCCCUCCACCCUGCCUUCUCCACCCCCAUGCUCCCAAUUUUAUCAGUUAUCUCAUCUAUUUUCCCUUUCCGGGUAGUUCUAUGUAUGAUUUUUUUUAGGGUUCACCUUGUUACAGCUUCUCUAGGAUGAUUAAUUGUAGACUCACUAUUCUUUGCUUUACAGCUAGUAUUCACUCAUGAGUGCGUACAUACCAUGUUCAUCUUUCUAGGUCUGAGUUACCUCACUCGGGACUUUUUUUUUCCCCAUCCAUUUGCAUGCAAAUUUUAAGAUGUCAGUAUUUUUUACCACUGAGUAGUACUCUAAUGUGUAAAUGUGCCGCACUUUUUUCCAUUCUUUGGUUGAGGGGCAUCUACAUUGUUUCCAGGUUCUGAUUAUUACAAAUAAUGCCGCUAUGAACAUAUUUGAAAAGAUGUCCUUUAGUAUGAUUGAGCAUCUUUUAGGUAUAUGCCCAAGAAUGGUAUUGCUGGGUCCUGAGGUAGGUUGAUAUGCAAAUUUCUGUGAAACUCCCAUAUUGAUUUCCAGAGUGGUUGUACAAGUUUUCAUUCCCACCAGCAAUAGAGGAAUGUUCCCUUUACUCCACAUUCUCUCCAGCAUAAGCUAUCAUUGGUCUUUUUGGUAUUUGCUCUUCCAAAGGUCCUGAGUUCAAUUCCCAGCAACCACAUGGUGGCUCACAACCAUCUGUAAUGAGGUCCGGUGCCGCCUUCUGCCCUGCAGACAUAUACACAGACAGAAUAUUGUAUACAUAAUAAAUAAAUAAAUAUAUAAAAAGAGAAAAAAAAAAGAAUUUGAUUUCUUUUUUAAAAAAUGAUUUACUUCUCUUUAUAAUUCUCUAUACUCUUUUUCUUCUCUUUCCCAAGCCUAUGUACAUUUAUCCAGCACUAUGACACAUUUAGAGGUCUUUUUUAUCUGUAUCUGACUUUAUUGUGCAUCUGUAAUCAUUUUCUGACCAGAAGCAUGCCUUCUUAAUGCUAAGUGGUUGUGGCUAGUGCCAACAUGGCCCUGCCUGCUUGCUCUACCCAGUUCAGCAUGGCUGGGCUGUUGACUGCCUUUGAAAGCCAUGUACAUUGCUUCAUUUUAAGGCACACAGCUGGUCUAUGUUGCCAUUAAGCAAGUUGUAGCACUGUAUGCCCCAUUUAAAUGCUCUGCAGCCAGAUGUCUCAAAAGAGUCAGAGUUGAUACUGGUCUGAUCAGCCCAGGAAGCCGCUGUUUCAAAAAUCACACUUUUUUCUGUCUUUUUUUUUUUCUUUCUUUUUGCUAUCACUGAAUUAAGAAGACCUCUCUCAAAGGAUCUGUGGCACACUGCCAGGAAACAGCAAGAAGCUGUGUUAAACUCUUUUUUUUUAAACUCUUUUUUUUUUUUAACUUUGUUGUUGUUUAUUGACAAAAUUCCUUUUCAAGCCCUUUCAGGUUUUAUGUAGAUUUAGCUAGCACACGUUGGAGCACCAAUUUGUAGUAGGAAACUUUUCAUUAUUGUAGCUGUAUAUUAAAACUUGAUAUCAGGGAUGGUGAUGCCUCCAGAAGUUCCUUUAUUGUACAGGAUUGUUUUGGCUAUCCUGGGUUUUUCAUUUUUCCAUAUGGAGUUGAUUAUUGUUCUUUGAAGGUCUGUGAAGAACUGUGUUGAUAUUUUGAUGGGGAUUGCAUUGAAUCUAUAGAUUGCUUUUGGUAGGAUUGCCAUUUUUAUUAUGUUGAUUUCAAGAACAUGGGAUGUCUUUCAAUUUUCUGGUAUCUUCAAUUUUUUUUCAAAGACUUAAUGUUCCUGUCAAACAAGGCUUUCACUUCUUUGGUUAGUGUUACAUUUUAUGUUAUUUGUGGCUAUUCUAAAAGGUGAUGUUUCUCUGAUUUCUUUCUCUGCUUCUUUAUCAUUUGUUUAUAGGAGGACUACUGAUUUUUUUUGGACUUGAUCUUGUGUCUUGCCACAUUACUGAAGGUAUUUAUCAGCUGUAGGAGUUCCCUAGUAGAGUUCUUAGGGUCACUUAUGUAUACUAUCACAUCAUCUGCAAAUAGCAAGGUUUGAUUCUUCCUUUCCAGUUUGAAUCUCCUUGAUCUCCUUUUGUUGUCUUAUUGCUAUAGUCAGAAUUUUGAGACCUAUGUUGAAGAGAUAUGGAGAAAGUGGACAGCCUUGUCUUGUUCCUGAUUUUAAUGGAAUUGCUUUGAGUUUCUCUCUGUUUAAUUUGAUGUGGGUUGUUGGGUUGCUGUAUAUUACUUUUAUUAUGUUGAGAUAAGUUCUUUGUAUCCCUGAUCUCUCCAAGACCCUUAUCAUGAAUUUUGUCAAAUGCUUUUUCAACAUAUAAUGAGAUUAUUAUAUUUUUUCUUUCAGUUUAUUUAUAUGCUAGAUUCCAUCGAUAGAUUUUUUUAUAUGUGGAACCAUCCCUGCAUCUCUGGGAUGAACCCAACUUGAUCAUGGUGGAAUAUUUUUUUUUGAUGUGUUCUUGGAUUUGGUUUGCCAGUAUUAUUGAGUAUUUUUGCAUCUGUGUUCAUAAGUGAGAUUGGUCUGUAAUUCUCUUUCUUGGUUGAGUCUUUGUUUGGUUUUGGUAUCAGGGUAACUGUAACAUCUAAAAAGACUUAGGCAAUGUUCCUUCUAUUUCUAGUCUUUGGAACACUUGAGGAGUAUAGGUAUUAUCUCCUCUUUGAUGUUCUGGUAGGGUUUUGCAAUAAAACCAUCUGGCCCCAUGACAGUUGUUUUAAAGGAAAACAUUUUAUUGGGGCUGACUUACAGUUUUAUAUUUAGUCUUAGAACUUUAAAUCUUUGAAGGUAGAAAUUGAAGAAGACACCAGAAAGUGGAAAGAUCUUCCAUGUUCUUGGGUAGGCAGAAUUAACAUAGUAAAAAUGGCAAUCUUACCAAAAGCAAUCUACAGAUUCAACACAGUGCCCAGCAAAAUUCUUCAGAGACCAUAAAAAAAAAAAAAAAAAAAAAAAAANAAAAAACAGUACUCAACUUCAUUUGGAAAAGCAAAAAACCCAGGAUAGCCAAAACAAUCCUAUGCAAUAAAAGAACUUCUGGAGGCAUCACAAUCCCUGACUUCAAACUCUAAUACAUUUAGAGCUAUAGUACUGAAAACAGCUUGGUAUUGGCAUAAGAACAGACAGGAGGACCGAUGGAACCAAAUAGAAGACCCAGAUAUCAAUCCAUACAUCUUCAAACACCUGAUCUUUGAUAAAGAAGCAAAAUAUAACAAAUGGGAAAAAGAAAGCAUAUUUAACAAGUGGUGCUGGCAAAACUGGAUAUCAACAUGUAGAAGAAUGAAAAUAGACCCAUAUUUAUCACCAUGCAUAAUUCAAGUCCAAAUGGAUCAAAGACAUUAAGUCCUUUCCUAAAGCCUUCUGAUCUUCUGACCAGAUGCCUUCUGACCUCAGCAGGCAUCAAUCACAAAACAUAUACAUACAUGCUGCAAAGUAGUGAUAUAUAAAAGCUAAUAUAAAUGAUAAAUGUUUUUAAAACAAAAAAUAUGCAAAUGGGAUGUGCAAUAUUGUUUGCCAUAUUGUUUCUCUGGCAAUGAAUCGAAUAGUGUAACCUAAACGACGUCAAGAUUAUCCUAUUUUAUGUUACUGAGAGUUUGUGUGAAAGGUACUACUCAAGGAAAUACAAUUUACAAAUUUUAAAUAAUAAUUUUACUGUUCAUUUGUCCUAUGUAUGUAUGUAAAGAAAGAAUCAUUAGUUUUAUUUCAGGAUAAUGUAUAACUCCUGUAUCUAACUUUGUUUCCUAAUUUCUUAAUUUUGAUGUUUCUGUAGUUUCUUUAGAUUCUAUUUCUUUUUGUCAAUUUUCUCAUUUCCUAAAGUACUCUCAAAAGGACUUUGAUAAAAAUUGAUUAUUCCUUCUAUACAGUAACAAACUUUGUAUAUAUUGUUUUCCCAUUGACUAUUCCUAUUGUCUCUUCACAGCAUUUCUCAGUGGUUUCCUUUACAGUAAUUUUAAUAGAUUUUGAAUUUUGGUUUAACCUUCUGAAGGUUUUUGAAAUCCUGUAGCUUUCUCAAAUUUUCUUAUCAUUUUAGCAUUACUUUGUUCAUUUUGCAUAAAUGGCCAAUUACUGUUGAAACAAAUUGCUUACAGUCUUUAAUGAAGAAAAAGCUCUUGCUGAUUGUGUUCUCCUGUUUUAAUAAGAACUUGCUAGCCAUUUCUCAGUGUUCACAUGUCAUAUAUGUAUUUUUCUGUUUUCUGUAAUUGUAUACAUUUUGAAGAGAAAUAAAUGUUUCCCAGACAUUGAA